AUGCUGUACUACUGUAGCAAUGAUUUCAAAUGGAUUUUCCCUUUGGCAUGUACAGAUUGUGGCCAACCCCAUCGUGAAAUGAGAAUGAAUCCAAAGGCCAUCACUGCACCUCAGAUGUUUGGACGCCUUGAUGUGGCAACCAAUGACUGGACAGAUGGGAUAUUUUCCACUCUUUGGAGGAAAACUUUGAGAGCCAAGAAGGGGGAACACAUCUGGAUAGUACUCGAUGGUCCUGUUGAUGCCAUUUGGAUUGAAAAUCUGAAUUCGGUGCUUGAUGAUAACAAAACAUUGACCCUAGCUAAUGGAGAUCGGAUCCCUAUGGCGCCCAAUUGUAAAAUUGUUUUUGAACCUCAUAAUAUUGACAAUGCUUCUCCUGCAACAGUGUCAAGGAAUGGCAUGGUAUUUAUGAGCUCAUCUGUCCUCAACUGGAGCCCUGUUCUGGAGGGUUUUCUGAAGAGGCGUUCUCCACAGGAAGCAGAGAUUUUGCGUCAGUUGUACACAACAUCUUUUCCAGACCUUUACCGGUUUAGUAUUCAGUCCUUGGAAUACAAGAUUGAGAUGUUAGAAGCCUUUGUGAUAAUGCAGAGCAUUAAUAUGCUUCAGGGCCUUAUACCUUGCAAGGACCAAGGUGUGGAAAUCACUGCCGAAUACCUGGAAAGAUUGUACAUCUUCUCCCUAAUGUGGAGUGUUGGGGCAUUGCUGGAAUUGGAAGACCGUUGGAAGUUGGAGCACUGGCUCCGUAGUCAUGAAAAAAUAAAUCUUGAUCUUCCUAAUAUCCCAGAAGGAAGUGAAGACACUAUGUUUGACUACUAUGUUACCAGUGAAGGUAAUUGGAUGCACUGGAAUACAUGUGUUGAAAAAUAUGUGUAUCCUACUAACAGUACUCCAGAAUAUGGCUCUAUUUUGGUUCCAAAUGUUGACAACGUGAGAACUGAUUUCCUUAUUCAAACAAUUGCAAAACAAGGCAAGGCUGUUCUGCUAAUUGGUGAGCAAGGGACUGCUAAGACUGUCAUCAUCAAAGGAUACAUGUCAAAAUAUAAUCCUGAAAAUCACAUGGCUAAGAGCCUUAACUUUUCAUCAGCAACCACUCCUUUCAUGUUUCAGCGCACAAUAGAAAGCUAUGUGGACAAGCGCAUGGGCACAACAUAUGGUCCUCCCGCAGGAAAGAAAAUGACGGUCUUCAUAGAUGAUGUGAAUAUGCCUGUAAUUAAUGAAUGGGGAGAUCAGGUCACUAAUGAGAUUGUUAGGCAGCUGAUGGAGCAGAAUGGGUUUUAUAAUUUGGAGAAGCCUGGAGAGUUCACCAACAUUGUGGAUAUCCAGUUUUUGGCUGCCAUGAUACACCCUGGUGGUGGACGAAACGACAUCCCUCAGAGACUGAAGAGACAGUUUUCUGUGUUUAAUUGCACCUUGCCUUCUAACUCAUCCAUUGACAAGAUUUUUGGUGUGAUUGGCACAGGGCAUUAUUGUAGCCAAAGAGGCUUUUUGGAAGAAGUGAGAGCAACGGUUGCUAAGCUGGUCCCAUUGACCCGGCGGUUGUGGCAAAUGACCAAGAUCAAAAUGCUACCAACUCCGGCCAAAUUCCAUUAUGUGUUCAAUCUCCGGGACCUUUCCAGGAUCUGGCAAGGAAUGCUUAAUACUCUUUCAGAAGUAAUCAGUGAUUCCAAUGUGCUCAUUAAGCUAUGGAAGCAUGAAUGUAAGCGUGUUAUCGCUGAUCGUUUCACAACUCCCGAGGACGUGGAGUGGUUUGAUCUGGCAAUGGCAAAGCUAAUUGAAGGAGAACUUGGUAGUGAUAAGGCAUCACUAGUGGCACUCAACAAGGAUGCUUUCUUUGUUGAUUUCUUAAGAGACGCACCUGAAGCAACAGGAGAGGAACCAGAGGAAGCAGAAAUUGACAUGCCUAAAAUAUAUGAACCCAUUGAAUCUUUUAGUGCCCUGAAGGACCGUUUGAACAUGUUUUUGCAAAUAUAUAAUGAGAGUAUCCGUGGGGCAGGAAUGGAUUUGGUGUUUUUUACCGAUGCCAUGAUUCACUUAAUAAAGAUCUCUCGUGUGAUCCGUACUCCCCGAGGAAAUGCCCUACUUGUUGGUGUUGGAGGAUCUGGAAAGCAAAUCUUGACAAAACUGGCAUCAUUUAUUGCAGGCUAUAAUAUGUUCCAGAUCACAUUAACAAGAUCCUACAAUGCAUCUAAUUUGAUGGAAGACUUGAAGCAUCUGUAUAAGACAGCUGGACAGCAAGGAAAAGGAAUCACUUUCAUUUUUACAGAUAAUGAAAUAAAAGACGAAGCUUUCCUAGAGUAUAUGAACAAUGUUCUAUCAUCAGGAGAGGUAUCCAACUUGUUUGCUCGUGAUGAAAUUGAUGAAAUCAUUGGCGAUCUCAUUCCAGUUAUGAAGAGAGAGCAUCCACGACAUCCCCCCACCAAUGAGAAUGUAUAUGAUUAUUUCAUGUCUCGAGUUCGCCAGAACCUGCAUGUGGCUCUUUGUUUUUCACCAGUGGGUGAGAAAUUCCGAAACAGAGCUUUGAAGUUUCCUGCACUCAUUUCUGGUUGCACUAUAGACUGGUUUUGCCGUUGGCCCAAAGAUGCCCUGGUUGCAGUAUCGGAGCAUUUCUUGUCGUCAUAUGAAAUUGAUUGCACUGAAGAUAUAAAAAAACAGAUGGUGCAGUGUAUGGGUUCCUUCCAAGAUGGAGUUGCUGAAAAAUGCGUUGACUACUUUCAAAGAUAUCGUCGAUCAACCCAUGUGACUCCCAAAUCUUAUUUGUCCUUUAUUCAAGGAUAUAAAGCUAUAUACAAAGAAAAACAUGCUGAGGUGCAGACCUUGGCCCACAGAAUGAAUACUGGAUUGGAGAAACUGAAAGAGGCUUCUGAAUCUGUGGCUGCUUUGAGUAAAGAGUUGGAAGCCAAAGAGAAAGAACUUAAGAUUGCCAAUGAAAAAGCUGAUAUGGUGUUAAAAGAAGUCACAGUGAAAGCUCAGGCUGCUGAAAAGGUGAAAGCCGAAGUUCAGAAAGUGAAGGACAAGGCCCAGGCUAUUGUAGACAGAAUUUCAGUAGACAAGGCUAGUGCUGAGGAAAAAUUAGAGGCUGCUAAACCUGCUUUAGAAGAGGCCGAAGCUGCUUUACAGACAAUCAAGCCGGCAGACAUUGCCACUGUUCGUACACUGGGUCGGCCACCUCAUCUUAUCAUGCGUAUCAUGGACUGUGUGUUGGUGCUAUUCCAGAGGAAAGUAAAUGCUACUAAGAUAGACUUAGAGAAAAAUUGCAUUAUGACAUCAUGGCAGGAGUCCUUGAAACUGAUGACAGCAGGAAACUUCUUACAGAACUUGCAGCAAUUUCCAAAAGAUACAAUUAAUGAAGAAGCAGUGGAGCUCUUGAGUCCUUAUUUUGAAAUGGCAGAUUACAAUAUUGAGACAGCUAAGAGAGUCUGUGGAAAUGUGGCUGGCCUUUGCUCAUGGACCAAAGCAAUGGCUGCCUUCUUCGCUAUAAAUAAAGAAGUUCUACCUUUAAAGGCAAAUCUGGCCAUCCAGGAGAAUCUUCUGACCACUGCCAUGUUAGAUCUUCAGACAGCCCAAGGUGAAUUGGAUGCCAAGCAAGCUGAGCUGGAUAUUGUGCAGGCUCAAUAUGAAAAUGCCACAUUGGAGAAACAGACAUUGCUUGAAGAUGCAGAACGCUGCAGGCAUAAAAUGCAGACUGCUUCCAGUCUUAUUAGUGGGUUGGCUGAUGAAAAAGAGAGAUGGACUGAACAAAGUAAAGAGUUUGCAGCCCAGACAAAAAGGCUUGUGGGGGAUGUACUUCUGGCCACAGCCUUUCUGUCCUAUUCUGGUCCUUUCAACCAAGAGUUCCGUAAUCUUUUGUUAACCAGCUGGGAAAAAGAAAUGAAAACUCGGAAAAUCCCAUUUGGAAACAAUCUCAAUCUCACAGAGAUGCUGAUUGAUGCGCCAACCGUCAGUGAGUGGAACCUUCAAGGGCUGCCAAAUGAUGAUCUGUCAAUUCAGAAUGGCAUCAUUGCCACAAAGGCAGCUCGUUACCCUCUCCUGAUUGAUCCACAAACUCAGGGCAAGAUUUGGAUUAAGAACAAAGAAACCCGGAAUGAGCUACAGAUCACUUCUCUGAAUCAUAAGUAUUUUAGAAACCACUUGGAAGAUAGUCUCUCUCUUGGAAGACCAUUGUUGAUUGAAGAUGUUGGUGAGGAGUUGGAUCCAGCUUUGGACCACGUAUUGGAAAAAAACUUCAUCAAAACAGGUUCUACAUACAAAGUAAAAGUUGGGGAUAAAGAAAUGGAUGUGAUGAAUGGCUUCAGACUUUAUAUCACCACCAAGUUACCAAAUCCAGCCUAUACCCCUGAGAUUAGUGCUCGUACCUCAAUCAUUGAUUUUACUGUCACCAUGAAAGGCCUAGAAGAUCAGCUUCUAGGGAGAGUCAUUCUAACAGAAAAACAGGAGUUGGAGAAAGAGCGAACUGAUCUUAUAGAAGAUGUGACAGCUAACAAAAGGAAGAUGAAAGAACUGGAAGAUAACUUGCUGUAUCGACUGACAAGCACACAAGGCUCUCUGGUGGAAGAUGAGAGUCUCAUCACUGUACUUAGUAACACAAAAAGAACAGCAGAAGAGGUGACCCAGAAACUGCAAACAUCAGUUGAGACUGAAGUACAGAUUAACUCAGCUCGGGAGGAAUACAGGCCAGUUGCUACCAGAGGCAGUAUUCUCUAUUUUCUGAUAACGGAGAUGAGUAUGGUAAAUGUCAUGUAUCAAACUUCACUUCGACAGUUUUUGGGCCUGUUUGAUCUUUCACUUGCAAGGUCUGUCAAGAGCCCAAUUACAAGCAAAAGAAUAGCAAAUAUCAUUGAGCAUAUGACCUACGAAGUGUAUAAAUAUGCCGCACGAGGGCUUUACGAGGAGCAUAAGUUUCUGUUCACGUUGCUGCUUACCUUGAAGAUUGAUUUGCAGCGGGGCAAAGUCAAACAUGAGGAGUUCCUAACUCUGAUUAAAGGUGGUGCUUCUUUGGAUCUGAAAGCUUGUCCUCCUAAACCAGCUAAAUGGAUUCUGGAUAUGACUUGGUUGAAUUUGGUGGAACUGAGUAAACUGAGACAAUUUUCAGAUGUUCUUGACCACAUCUCACGGACAGAAAAACAGUGGAAAAUUUGGUUUGAUAAGGAAAAACCAGAAGAAGAACUGGUUCCCAGUGGCUAUGAUCAAGCUCUGGACUGCUUCAGACGUCUCCUCCUUACUAGGUCUUGGUGUCCCGACAGAACUAUUGCUCAGGCUAGGAAGUACAUUAUGGAUACCAUGGGAGAAAAAUAUGCAGAAGGGGUCAUUUUAGAUUUGGAGAAGACUUGGGAAGAAUCUGAUCCACGCACACCUCUCAUCUGCUUCCUGUCAAUGGGCUCUGAUCCUACUGAUUCAAUCAUUGCUUUGGGGAAAAGGUUGAAAAUUGAGACACGCUACGUUUCUAUGGGUCAGGGACAAGAAGUCCAUGCGCGUAAACUCCUGCAGCAAACUAUGGCUCAUGGUGGAUGGGCCCUUUUGCAGAACUGCCACUUGGGUCUUGACUUUAUGGAUGAGCUGAUGGACACUGUUGUGGAAACAGAGAUAGUUCAUGAGGCCUUUCGCUUGUGGAUGACUACAGAGGUCCACAAACACUUUCCUAUCACCCUUCUACAAAUGUCUAUAAAAUUCACCAAUGAACCUCCCCAGGGACUUAAAGCUGGCCUGAAGAGAACGUAUGGAGGUGUGAAUCAAGAUCUCUUGGACAUCAGCAACAUGGUACAGUGGAAGCCAAUCUUGUAUGCUGUGGCCUUCCUCCAUUCCACUGUUCAGGAGAGAAGGAAAUUUGGACCUCUAGGAUGGAAUAUUCCUUAUGAAUUCAACCAAGCUGAUUUCAAUGCCACAGUACAGUUUGUUCAGAACCAUUUGGAUGACAUGGACAUCAAAAAGGGGGUGUCCUGGAACACUGUUCGUUAUAUGAUUGGGGAAAUUCAGUAUGGUGGAAGGGUUACAGAUGACUAUGACAAAAGGCUCCUUAACACAUUUGCUAAAGUGUGGUUCAGUGAAAACAUGUUCAGUCAAGACUUUUCAUUUUUCAAAGGAUACAAUAUACCCAAGUGUACUGCGGUGGAUCAGUACCUGCAUUACAUACAGGGCUUGCCUGCUUAUGAUACUCCAGAAGUCUUUGGGCUGCAUCCCAAUGCUGAUAUUACUUACCAGAGCAAACUGGCAAAAGACGUGCUAGACACCAUCCUCAGCAUUCAGCCCAAAGAUAGCUCUAGUGGAAGUGGUGAAACCCGAGAAGCUGUGGUGGCCAGGCUAGCUGAUGAUAUGCUGGAGAAAUUACCUGCAGAUUAUGUGCCUUUUGAAGUAAAGGAAAGGCUUCAGCAAAUGGGACCAUUUCAGCCAAUGAACAUCUUUCUGCGACAGGAAAUUGAUAGAAUGCAAAGGAUUAUUGCUCUGGUGCGCAACACCUUGACAGAUCUUAAACUCGCCAUUGAUGGAACGAUAAUCAUGAAUGAGAAUCUCAGGGAUGCCCUGGAUUGUAUGUAUGAUGCACGGAUCCCAGAGCGCUGGAGAAAGGCAUCUUGGGCUUCCAGCACCCUUGGUUUUUGGUUUACUGAAUUUCUUGAAAGAAACCAGCAAUUUCAUUCUUGGAUUUUUGAGAAACGACCAAAUUGCUUUUGGAUGACAGGAUUCUUCAAUCCCCAGGGCUUCUUAACUGCAAUGAGACAGGAAAUAACAAGAGCAAACAAGGGAUGGGCACUUGACAGUGUAGUUCUGUGCAGUGAGGUCACAAAGUGGAUGAAUGAUGACAUAUCAACUCCUCCUUCUGAAGGAGUCUAUGUAUAUGGCCUCUACCUAGAAGGAGCUGGAUGGGACAAAAGGAACAUGAAACUCAUUGAAUCUAAACCUAAAGUGCUCUUUGAACCAAUGCCUGUGAUAAGAAUAUAUGCAGAAAACAACACCUCAAAAGAUCCACGCCUAUACUCAUGUCCAAUCUACAAAAAACCACUUCGGACAGAUCUCAAUUACAUUACUGCAGUGGACCUACGGACCACCCAGCCACCUGAACAUUGGAUAUUACGUGGCGUUGCCUUAUUAUGUGAUGUCAAGUAAUGCUUAGAGAAUACCUGCAUGCUGGUCUAAUUUCCUACUAGUUUUUUUUUAUUUUUAGAAUAGCCCUUUUAUUAUAUUCUUUACAUGGGCAUAAGAACCUAGCUGGGUCACAGGUUAGUCUGUUUUUAAGUAUAUAUAGUAAAAUAUUCUUUUGCACUACCUUGACCUUCUUUCAAAUGAGAUGAAGAAGUUGAAUGUUACUAAAAAAUACUCACUAAGUACUGCAUAUUCUUGAUCAAUAGUUCUCUUUUUAAAAAAAAGCACUGAAUUGUGGUUUUUACGCAACUUUAAUAUGAUUUUAACAAUCAUACUAAUUGAAUUAUAAUUGGCAUCUUAUCUAUAUGACUUCCAAGUAUACCAAUUAUUUAAUGAUUUCUAAAGGUUUCCCUUCCCUCCAAAUAAUUGAGUGGCACUUUCCACAAAACGUGUAUUCUUACAUAUAGAAAUUUAAAGGAUUGCCAGGGCUGCUUGGAAUAUUCCAUGAAUGAACACAGGGUUUGCUUGCCUCCCUGGAACAUUUUCAAUUCACAGGAUGCAAACCAGGGCUUACUAUAAUUUGAUAAACAAAGCAUUUGUAGGAUGCAUUAAAAAUACAUUCUUGCAAACUUCUUUGCUUAAAAGUAAAGCACAUUUAAAAUUUUAAAAAUAGGUGGAAUAAUGGUUCCAAUAAUUUGUAAUGCUGCAGAUUGUAUUGGCAAAUCUGAUUUGCAGAUGAAAAACAUGAAAGAAUUCUUGUUUUAUAGUCACUGUAUCAUGUCAGCGCAGGCAAAAACAUAUUGAUCAGUAUAAGGCUUGAAGACAUGGUGAUCUAUUAAGCUAAAUUUCCAGUUAGCCAUGCAUGCUAGAGGUUUUUGAUAAAGUUCUUGUGUAAGAGACAAGAACAGUUAUCUGGCAAUCAACAAGACAAACUAGAUAUUCUGCAUUAGGUCUAAUGUUGUGCAGUCCUACCAUGAAUGAGGCCUUUGUUGGCCUCAAUUUUUUUUAUACUCUGAGUAUCAAUUGUAACCUUAUUAAAAUCAUCCAGCUUUAAAUAUAAAGAUCAGAAUACGAAAAUUAAAACAGAACUGUACAGAUUGAACUCAUAAAUUCUAUAUUUUUACUUUGCUUCCUUUAUAGUUUUGAACCAUAAAGAGGAAAAUAGUCUUUUAAAGCUAUUUAUAUAAACUAUAUUUUUUCUUAUGCAUUAUAUAAGUACAAAUCUUGCAUUCAAACAGGAAGAUAAUCUGCAAAAUGCAUUUUUGACUGGAGAGUAACAUGUGUUUUAUGAAUGCAGGGAGCUAUUAUGAUUGUGAGAAUGAAUCUACUUUUCCUUUAUUUGCUUUAUUGGUGUCUUUCUUUUCUUUCUGCCUCUUUUCCUCCUCAGUUUUAUCACCUUGACUCUUCAUUUGUGUAAAAUAAACCAUA